AUGGGGCUAUUCUCUAAACGGAAUGUUGAAGUUAGAAAGGAAUAUAACAAGAGUGAUAUUAUAAAAUGUAAUAAAGCCAUUAGACCUCGUUCUCAGCGCAGUGGUAAGUCCAAGCGCGUCACUGGGCUAAGCAAGGAAGAGUUGCUAGUUUUUGGAAAUGUACUCAAGCAUUUCCAGCAAGAGGGCUGUACGUUUCCUGUCCAAUCACCGAGAGUUAAGGACUCCGAACAUUGUCAGAAAUUGCCAGAACAGCCCUUGUCCUCUUGGGAGAAGUGCUGGCUGACCGCGGAUCGUAUAUUGCGUUUUCUCCGCUCAGCAAAGUGGGAUCAAGAGGAAGCAAUCGCACGCUUAACGAACACAGUCAUUUGGAGAAGGGAGUUUGGCAUUAUUGAUAACGAAGGCCGCUUUCAUUCAAGCCUUGUUGAGGCUGCUUCAUCUGAAAACGAAAGUGGGGGAAUGCUGCUUUUAGGAUACGACCGCAGCCAGAGGCCUAUUUUAAUUGUGAGGCCAGGUCGUCAGAAUACCACAACUAGCUUUGCUCAAGUUCAGCACCUCAUUUUCAUGGUUGAAAGCGCUCUGGUAUUGAUGCCACCAGGUGUAGAAUCAAUGACCGUUCUUAUUGACUUCCAAACGCCAGCUGGGAUCCCGUUCACUCGAAUGCCGCCAAUUUCCGUAAGCAGACAGGUUUUACAUCUUUUACAAAAGCAUUAUCCGGAGUGCCUGGGUAAGGCAAUUCUAAUUAAUAUUCCAUGGUAUGGAUGGAAUUUCCUGAAGCUGUUUCAUCCCCUUAUAGAUCCAACCACGAGAUCCAAGGUGCGUUACGAAGAUGCGUUUGAUGACCACGUCGAGGAAACCCAACUGGAAAAUAGCUACGGAGGUCGGCUAAACUUCACUUAUGAACAUGAGCUUUAUUGGCCCGACUUAAUACAGUUGCUGUCAGAAAGGAGCAGAGUAGUUUACAAGAAAUUUCUGGAGUUGGGAGGGCAAAUAGGGCAAAGUGAGUUUGAUUUGAAGGACGUUUCUGAUGUUGUUGAACAGCCAACAUGUGAUGGGGACCAGGAUUUUUCGUUAAUGUCACAUGAUCACAUCGGAGAUGGAUUCCCUGGGGAAAAACAUAAGGUGUAA